ACUGUCAUUUAUUAGGCAAGAUAUCCAACAUCGCUCGUAACACACUGAAGUUUGAUAAGACUUUAUUAGUGCAACGCCACUUGAAUGCUGAGCGUUGUGUGAACAAUGAAGUAAAUCAGUUUUCGUUUAUUCAUCGCGUGUUAGACAUUGAAACUAGAAAGUUUAAUAGUUGGAACAAUUUUCAAACUAUGGCGGAUGGAAGACGCGGUACCCCAAAAUGUAGCCCAGAGGUUCGUAUUGGGAACUACAUAAUCGGAGAAACACUUGGUGUCGGAACUUUCGGAAAAGUCAAAGUUGGAAUUCAUAAAUCUACCGGUGUGCAAGUUGCUGUAAAGAUAGUGAACAGGGAUAAAAUCAAAGCUCUCGAUGUCGCCGGCAAACUACGUCGCGAAAUCCUCAAUCUUUGGCUUUUCCGACAUCCCCACAUCAUCAAGUUGUAUCAAGUCAUUAGUACUCCAACUGACAUAUUUAUGAUAAUGGAGUAUGUCAGUGGAGGGGAAUUAUUCGAUUACAUAGUGAAGUCUGGAAGACUCUCUGAGAAAGACGCUAGAAAGUUUUUUCAGCAAAUAAUUUCCGGAGUCGCCUAUUGUCAUCGUCAUAAGGUUGUACAUAGAGAUUUAAAGCCAGAAAAUUUGUUGCUGGACUCAAACCAGAACGUAAAGAUUGCUGACUUCGGAUUGUCUAAUAUAAUGCAAGAUGGUGAGUUUCUACGUACUUCUUGUGGAUCCCCAAACUAUGCUGCCCCUGAAGUAAUAUCUGGGAAGUUAUAUGCUGGUCCGGAAGUAGAUGUAUGGUCCUGUGGAGUAAUUUUGUAUGCAUUGCUAUGUGGCACACUUCCUUUUGAUGAUGAACAUAUACCUACACUUUUUAAAAAAAUCAAAGCAGGCUAUUUCCAUUUGCCAGAAACUUUGAGUUCAGGUGUCAGGGAUCUUCUUCGAAGAAUGAUAACUGUGGACCCGAUCAAGCGUGCAACCAUAGAAGAAAUCAGACGACAUCCGUGGUUCUCAGUUGAUCUUCCUAGUCAUCUUUUCCCUCAAGAACGCGAUGAAGAUGCGUCAAUAAUUGACAAGGAAGCAGUUUAUGAAGUUUGUCAAGCGUGCAAUGCAACAGAACGUGAAGUUUUCGCUGCCUUACUAAACAAUGAUCCUAGUGAUCAAUUGUCAGUUGCUUAUCAUCUUAUCAUAGACAAUAAACGUUUCGGAUCAGUUUUAAAUCCAGAAGAAGUGAAUAAUUUUUAUGUUGCCACUGGGAUUGAUUCAUCAACCUCAUCAGUAGCAGCAACAACAACAAAUACAUCGAAUAGUCCACCCAGUGGUGGUACAUUGACUCAUUCUCAGCCUGGUGGUGGUCGAAGUCAAUCAUUAAGUCCAAAUUAUGGUAACAAUACUGGCAUGAUUGGAUUAAAAGGUAGAGGUAUUUCUCCAACACGACCUCAUCCAGAAAGAAUGCCUGAUGGACCACCUUUAUCGAGAACAUUAGAUCCAAUGGGGGAUUCGUUGACACCUGGAUCAAUUGUUACAGGUGAUUUGAAUUGUCCAAGUCAAAUUUCUUCUCAAGCACAGUCAGCUAUUACAUCGGGAGCUGCAGCGGCCAGUGGAAUGAAACGUUUUAAAUGGCAUUUAGGUAUACGUUCUCAAUCAAGACCAUGGGAUAUUAUGCAUGAAGUAUUUAAAGCAAUGAAUUCACUUGGUUAUGAAUGGAAAGUUGUUAAUCCAUUUAAUGUACGUGUAAGAAAAUGGAAUCCAAUACUACAGCAUUAUUCUCGACUUGUAUUACAACUUUAUCAGGUCGAUGCAAGAUCAUAUCUCCUCGAUUUUAAGUGUAUCGAUGAAAGUCAAUUAGAAUCUGAAACAGCGAUGGGUAGACUACGUUCAAACAAUAUGUCAGUAUGCCUUGAUGCUUGCAGUGGAACUCCUCCAGCUGCUAUGGGUACUUCAACAUGUAGUAGAGAUGGUAGUUUUUCCGGUAGCACUGGAUCUGCUAGUCCAACCAAUUGCUACGAUGGUCCAACUGAAUUUUCCCGAUCGUUUUCAGCUAAUUGUCAAGAAGUACCGAUUAACCGAAGAACUAAACGACACCAAACAAUGGAAUUUUUUGAAAUGUGUACUGAACUUAUUACUACAUUGGCUCGAUGAUUUACUAUAGUAGUGUUUAAGCGCGGAUUCCGCAAGAUUCAAAAAUUAAUCACUGUACACAAGGACGGUAAAUACUACUACUACUAUCACCACUGUAUACAGUGAUUAGCUCUAAAAAUUCCUAUUUGUAGUAUUUAUCGUUCCUUUUUAUUUCAACUCCUGAUUUAAUUACCGAUUAGCAUUACUUCCUGCCAGGAAAGUCUUGACCUUAUCUCCAUCCCCCUCAUCUCUUACAGACAUACGAUGUAAUUUUUAUUUAAUUUGAUUUCCCUUUAUACAUAUACAUAUAUAUAUAUAUUCAUUCUUGCUUGGUAGCAUUUAUUCUUUAAGAUAACAAUAGAAGGAAUAUUGUUUCAUCUGUCGGGGGCACUUUUAUUUCAUUCUCUGAAAAUCAGUAUAUUUGAGAUGAUUAUUUAUAGCACUACAAAAUGUAGAAAACUUAAGAUGAGCA